UAGGCAGUGCCCCUUCUCCCCCAGAAGCUUCCUGUUGGAGCUUCCUUCUAGGACAGACAGGCAGGUCCAGAAGGUGGACAGUCCUGAGAAGUCCUGACCCCAUGGACGUGAAGAUGCUGCCGCUGCCGCUGCUGCUGCUCUUGCUGCGCAUGGUGUCCCCGCAGAGGGACCCAUGGUACCAGCUCCAAGUGCAGGAAUCUGUGACAGUGCCGGAGGGUCUAUGCGUCCUUGUGCCCUGCACCAUCUCCUAACCCUGGACGGGCUGGAAUGACGCUACUCCCGCCUACGGCUACUGGAUGCGGAAAGAGGAGAAACCCCAAAAUGAUGUCAUUGUGGCCACAAACCACCCCGUCAGGGCCGCACAAAAGAGGAGGAAAUUCCCAUUCGACCUCUCCGGGGACCCCGGGGCCAACAACUGCUCCCUGAGCAUCAGAGACGCCAGGAAGAGGGACAGUGGAAGCUAUUAUUUUCAGCUGGUGAGAGGAGCUGAGGUGAAAUACAGUUUCAGACGUAGUCUGCUCACUGUGAACGUGACAGGUACAGAGUGGUCCCCAGGAACUGACCACAGCAGGGGGCGAGCGAGAGGUGGUCCCUGCCUCUCAUCUCUAAGGGGGAUAGUGACAGAUCAGGGUUGGGCCCCCGCGGGGGUCCCCUCUGGGAUCUGGCCUCUCCCUCUUUCCUCUCCAGCACUGACAUGGACCCCUGAUAUCUACAUCAAGGAGCCCCUGGCAUCUGGCUCCGGCAGCCACCUGACGUGCUCCCUGCCAGGCGCUUGUGACUGGGCCACGCCCCCCACCAUCUCCUGGAUGGGGGCUGCCCCGGACGCCUCAGCUGCCUCUAACUCCUCAGAGAUCCUGCUCACCCCCCGCCCCCAGGACCAUGGCACCGACCUCACUUUCCGGGUGACCUUCCCCAGGGCUGGUGUGAGCACGGAGUGGACCCUCCAGCUCAACGUGUCAUAUGCUCCCCGGAACCUGGCCAUCGGCAUCUCUCGAGGAAAUUGCACAGAGCUGAAAUACCUGGGGAAUGGCUCAUCUCUUCCUGUCCUGGAAGGGGAAUCUCUGUGCCUGGUCUGCGUCGUUGACAGCACCCCCCCGGCCACACUGAGCUGGGCCCGACGGGGCCGGACCCUGAGCCCCUCGCAGCCCUGGAACCCCGGGGUCCUGCAGCUGCCCCGGGUGGAGUCGGGCCACGAAGGUGAAUUCACGUGCGGAGCUCAGCAUCUUUGGGGAUCCGUGCACGGCUCCCUGCAUCUCUCUGUGCAGAACCCCCCGAAGCUGCUGGGUCCCUUCUGCUCCUGGGAGGAUGAGGGUCUGCACUGCAGCUGCUCCUCCCAAGCUCAGCCCGCCCUCUCCCGGCGCUGGCGGCUGGGGGAGGGCCUGGACCGGAAUCUCAGCAACGCCUCCAUCAAGGUCACCUCUGGCUCCACCGGGCCCUGGGCCAACAGCUCCCUGAGCUUCCGCGAGGGCCUCAGCUCCAGCCUCAGACUCAGCUUCGAGGCCCAGAACGUCCACGGGGCCCAGAGCACCACUGUCCUGCUGCUGCCAGGGAAGCCCAGGGUUGGAGGAGGAUUGGUUCUGGGGGCCGUCGGGGGAGCUGGCAUUGCUGGCCUGCUCAGUCUCUGUUCCUGCCUCAUCUUCUUCAUAGUGAAGACCUUCAGGAAGGCAGCUGGGGAGGAUGCCUCUGCCUCGCCGGCGACCACUUCCCUGGGUUACCAGCAUGGGGGGUGGCCAGGAAGCCCCCUGGACCAGCUGCCCCCUACAGCAGCCAGCCCCACCACAGGGGAGGAGCGGGAACUCCACUACGCCUCCCUCAUUUUCCACGCGCCGAGGCCCUGGGAGCCUCAGGACCCAGAGGUCACCAGGACUACGGAAUACGCUGAGAUCAAGAUCCAGCAGUGAUGACCCCGGCUCCCGCCCAGGGCCCAGGGCCUCUGUGGGAAGGGAGACUCAUCUUCCAUGUAAAUGGGAUACCACAACGAAGUGUGUGGGAAGCCCAGUGGCGGGGUGAUAGGCAGAACUGGGCUCGAAUUUCAGCCCUGUCACCAACACGGGUUUGAGCACGGCACUCUCUCAGUCUCCCCCUCUGUAAAAUGGACACAAUAAACCUAGUGCAGAGGGCUGUU